AUGUCUUCAAUCCAGCAGUGGACUACCUCCCUCCAAGGCUUGGAUAGCCUUCAACUGAGCGAAGCUCCAAAGCCCACGGCAGGCAAGGGGGAAGUCCUCGUUGAGAUCCGGGCAGUGUCGCUAAAUUACCGCGAUUUCGAAGUAUGCAGCGGCGAAUACAACCACCACCGCUCCGUCAGCCAGGACAAAGCCUCUCUCGUCCCCUGCUCAGACAUGUGCGGGGUGAUAGCCGAAGUUGGAGACGGGGUCACAAGCUGGAAAAAGGGCGACCGCGUACUUUCAACCUUCCUGCCGGACCACCAGACCGGCCAGGUAACUGAGAAGAUGAUGGCCACGGGGAUGGGUCUUCCGCAGCCUGGUGUUCUGGCGACGUACCGCGCUUUCCCGGAGCAUGCGCUUGUGAGGGCUCCGAGCUAUAUGUCUGAUGAGGAGGCGAGUACGCUUCCGAUUGCGGCAGUGACGGCUUGGAUGUCGAUUAAUGGGAUGAGGCCGAUGGGGGCGUCUGGUGGGGAGGGGGAGUAUGUGCUUCUUCAGGGGACGGGGGGUGUGGCUGUUUCGGGACUGCAGAUUGGGAAGGCCGCUGGGGCGAAGGUGGUUAUUACGUCUUCGUCGGAUGAGAAGCUGGAGGAGGCGAAGAAGCUCGGCGCCGACUACACCAUCAACUACCGCACGAACCCAAACUGGGAGGAGGAAGUAAUGCGCUUGACGGACCAGCAUGGAGCAGAUAUUAUCCUGGAAACAGGUGGAGCGCAGACACUCAAGAAGAGCUUCGACUGCAUCGCCUGGGGCGGGUUGAUUGAUUGCAUUGGAUAUCUGUCUGGAAAAGUGGACGCGCCUGAAGACAGGACAAACGUGAAUCUUCUAGCCCUGCGUCGCAAUGUAACACUGAAGGGAAUCAUCAAUGGUCCCAAGGAUCGGUUUGAGGAGAUGGUCACUUUCUACGAGAAGCACGGCAUCAAGCCUGUAGUGAACCGGGUUUUCUCGUUCAAGGAGGCACCAGAGGCUUUCAAGUUCCUGGCCAGUGGCUCGCAUUUUGGUAAAGUUGUUAUCAAGAUUGCAUAA